CGCAGCAACAUUUUAUACAGCACAGUACAUACCAGGCUUCUUCAUCGUGGCUGAUUUGCGAGCUCAGCUCCGUGCAACCCUUUCUGGCACCGCCUUGGCGCGAGCUUGCAUGCCCGUCGUUUACGCAGCAUCUUUGUACUGUUUCUUAACCGGCACUGCUGUGGCUAACUACUCGGUCACGCCAAGAGCCGGUCGGCGAUCCUGGCAAGCGUUAUCACGAGUCUCGCUUUUAAGCAGGCGUAGUUAAGAGCAAAUGCACAGAUGCAUUUGUCGCAUGUGGCACUGAUGAACCAGAUAUAGCAUGCUACUCUGAGCCUCGUCGAGCCGGCUAUGUCCGCCUCCUACAAGGCGGGCGACACGGGCGGGUCGGGGGCGGACGCCGGGGCUGCCUCUACCCGGCAGCCCCUUCUGACGGACCCAGCAGCAAGGGCCAUGUUCGCUUCUUACAAGAGCGGGGCGGUCCCAGCCACCAGCCAGGCACCGGCCGCCAGCCAGGCACCUCCGGCUGCUGCAGAUAAGGCCGCAAGCGCCGCGGCCCCCGAGCCACCGCCCCUCCCUUCCGGCCCACCGCCGCCCGACCCCUCGGCGCAAGGCGCUGCGGAGGACGCGAAUGCGGCUGCAUGGCGGGCCUACUACCAGCAGCAAGAGCAAUACAAGCAGUUUUACCAGCAGCAGCAACCUCAGCAGCACCAACCAGCACAGCAAGACCCGUACCAGCAGCAACCGCAGCCGCAGUAUCCGGCUUAUCAGCACCCACAACAGCCGCAGCCGCAAGCGCCGGGAUACGGACAGUUCCCCUACCCGCAGCCCAGUGCAGGCGCACAGCCGCAGCAGCCACCGCAGCAACCCGGCGCAUAUCCCUACCCGUACCCCGCAGCCCUGCCAGACCCGUACCAACAGCAGUACCAGCAGCCGCAGCCGCAGCAGUACCCGCAGCCGUACUAUGGACAGCAGCAGUUUCCACCGCCAGCGGCACAGGGAGCGGCGCCUUACGCCUACCCGCCGCAGCAGCCGGCGCAAGUGCCGCCCCCGCAGCCUGUCGCGGCGGUGUACCCACAAUCCCACAGCCAAUGGCCGCAGCAGCAACAACAGCAACCGGCACAGGGGGCGCCGCCGCCGUCGCAGCAGCAGUCGGGCGCGUAUGCAUAUGGUUACCCAGGGGCGCAGCCGUCGCAGCAGCAACAGCCGGCGCAACAGCAGCCAGCGCCGCCGUGGCAGCCCGCAGCGUCGCAACCUUACGCCGCGACGCAGCAGCCGCAGCAGCCACCGGCGCCAGGGCAUCCGGCUGCCGGCUACCAACCGGCAGCAUCCGGGUCUGCGCCCGGGGCUAGCUACUACGCACAGGCUCCAGGGGGGUCCUACCCGGCGAGUGGAUACAGCUACCCGCAACAGCAGCAGCAGGAACAACAGCAGCAGCAACAACCCCAAGCCCAGCAGGCGCCGGCGUACGCGCCGCCACAGGCCUACGGGCAGCAUUCUGCUCAGGCGUACCCAGGGCAGGCGCCGGCGCAGCAGCCACCGGCUGCCGCGCAGCCAUACGGGUACGGGCGGCCGGCGGCGCCUCCAGCGCCUGGCGCGUGGCAGCCGGGCUACCCGCCACCCGUGCCCACACAGGCACCGCCGGCGGCGGCUGGAUACCAGUAUCCUGGGCAGCCACAGCCGCAAGUCCCAACCGCGACGCCCUCUGCUUACGGCGCACCGGGUGCCGCUCAGCAGCCGCAGCCGACUGCGCUGCACCAGCAGCCGCACGCCCCGUCAUACGCGACACCGCCUGCACAGCCAGUGCCAGCAGCACCGGCAACAGCGCCUGCGCCUCUCAUGCCCCAGGUUACGACGCAGACGGACCCCUCCGGCGGGCCCACCUUCAUCUCCAUUGAGCUGACGCCGCCGCUGUUGGGGCUCGGCACCUGGGGCACAGCCCCCGCUGCUGCCACGCCCAUCGCCGCGCCGCCCGCUGCAGCAACAGCCCCCACCGCCUCCAGCGCACCACCACCGACACAAGGCACAGGAACAGCAGCGGAGCCUCUGCACCUGGAUUCCGAUGUGUUGCAGCAGCUCGGCGAGAUACUGCAGCAGGCCAAGUCCACACCAGCGCUCGCCAGCCCGCCCGGCAGCUCCGCCGGCGGCGCUGCCGCCGGCUCCGCCGCCUCCGGCGGCGCCGCGCUGGCUGCCGAGCUGGAGCGCUCUCUACACUGCGGCGUGCACGUUUCUCUGGAGCACAAGCGGCUGCGCAUGCGGGCGGUGGCGGUGCUGGCGGCCAGCCGGGCGUGGGAGGAGUUCCUGGCGGGCUGCGCCGCCGCCGGCAGCUACCCGGCGGUGGGAAGUCAGGAGCAGCGCGCGGCGCUGAAGCGUGUGGGCUGGACGGCGGCGCAGCUGGACGAGCUGUAUAAGAAGUUGUUUGGCAGCCCCACGCCACCCGGGAGGCUCGAGUACAGCUGUGCCGAGAUUGCCUACGAGGUGAUCGGCGAGGGCGCCCUGGUGAGGCAGCUGCGCGCGCGCGAGGGCGGCUCGGACACAGUGCUGGCGCCCACACCCGACUUUGGUGUGCAUCGACCCGGCAUGGUGGGGUCCCUGCGGCAGCUGCUGGCGGAAUACGAGGAGGCGGCGCGGCGGCGCGACAGCGGCGCUGACCCGCAGGCCGGCAAGCGGCUGUACCUGCGGCAGCAGGCGGUGGCGCAGGCGGCGGCAGUGGCCGGCGUGGAGGCCGAGGCUGUGGGGCGGAAGCGGCCGUCUGGCGGUCCGAUGGGCGGCCCGGUGCCGCCCGCGGCUGCCGGCGGCCCUGCCUACUUCGUGCACGCGCCGCCGCCCAACCACCUGCUGGGGCCCAUGCGCCAGUACAUCCGCCUCACACUGCGGCCGCAGCUGUCGAACGACAAGGGCGCGCAGCCUGUGCCGCUGCCGGAGCUGCUGGCUGGGCUGCGCGAGCGCGCACACAUCGAGGUGGACGACCAGCUGGCGGCCAAGUUCGGAUUCGAAAGCGCCGAGUCCUUCCUGGAGGGCGCACUGGGGGACACCGUGGCCCUGGUGUACAGCUCGGACGGCGUGGCGGUGACGCCCUCGCAGGUGUGGCGCGACAGCUGCAACCCCUUCGUGCCGCGGGGCAGCAGGGAAUACCGCGGACUGCACGGCGGUGGCCGCGGCGGCCCAGGAGCAGCAGGAGGGGGUGGAGGCGGCGGCCCUGGAGGAGGGCCGGCUGGGCCUGGCGCCGGGGCGGCGGGUGGCGGCGACGGCGCGGAGGCGCCGGCCGCUGCGAACGGCACGGCGGGGCCGGGUGGGGCUGCGGUGGCGCCCGGAGGGCUGACCAGCUUCAACUCAGCGCCGCAGCCGGCGGGCAGCGCCGUCGGUGGUGUGAGUCCGGUGCCUCAGCCGGCGACACAGCCAUUUGCGGCGGGCAAUGGCGCCAUGGUAGCAGCUCGCGCCCAGUCGCUUCCCGUCCCCGCCAAGCAGCAGAAGCCGGCAAAGGGGCCGGGCCCGGGGCCGGCAGCCGCCGGCGCUGGCAGCAAGAGCUCAAGCGGCUCUGGCGGCAAGGGUGGCGGCGGCACCGCCGCCGCCGGCUUCCCGAUCGGCAUGCCGCCCAUCAUUCCGCCGUCCAGGGCCGCACCGCUACCCAUCACGGGUGCGGGCGGCGGUGCGGGUGGCGCGGGUGCGGGCGGCGGCGCGCCCCCUGUGCCCGUGCACCGGGAGUGGGUGCCGGGUGACUUCGACGGCGUGAUGGUGCAGCUGUGUGAGUGGCGGGCGACGGCGGCCAGGGCGGCGGGCGCCACCUGUCCCACGCCGCUCAACACUACCUGCUGGCAGGCCACCGCCUUCAACGGCCCCAAGGCGGUGGCUGUGGCCUGGGCGCCCACUAAGCGGGGCGUGCAGCAGGUGCUGCGGCAGGAGAUGAUGUUGGGGACUGGCGCACAGCAGCCGGAGUCCAGCCAGCAGCUGCAGCAGCCGGAGUCCGGCCAGCAGCUGCAGCAGCCACAGGUGCAGCAGCCACAGACGCAGCAGCAGCAGCAGAUGCAGAUGCAGCAGUAGCAACAGCAGCAGCAGCCACAGACGCAGCAGAUGCAGGUGCAGCAGCAGCAGCAGCCACAGGUCCAGAGAAUGCCGCAGCGGCAGCAGCAGCAGCAGCAGCAGCAGCAGCAGCCAUACGUGCAGGCAAUGACACAGACCGCACUUGUAACCCAAUCUGCCGAUGUGCUGGCCCUCUCGGUAAGCCGUUGCGCGGGCCACAGGCCCGCACACAUUGGCUACCAGAUGCAAGGUGGUAGUAUGUGCGUGUGCGUAUGCGUAUGCGUGUGUGUAUGUGUGUGUGUUGGCGCCGCGGGUGGUGUUCGCCGCCGUGUACGAGCGGGAGUUGGUCGACUGGGACUGAGGGGCCAGGGGUCAAUGCCCUCUCUUGCGGCCUGGUAAGUCCGGGUGGGGGCACCACCACCAUGCCACACCACUCCGUUCCCCUCGCCCGCACGUGGCGGCGGGAUGGAAAUAACAUGUAACAUGACAAAUACACAACACUCUCGGAACGAUUAUGGAGCUCCUAAGCAUUCUUGCUCGCUUUGAGUGUGUUAGUGAUGUGCUGCACGCAUUGGGCUACGGUAGCGACUGUGAUGGUUGGGGCUUGCAUACAGGGAGACGUUUGUGGAUUGGCGAGCAGAAUGGCAAAAGCAGCAUACGGAAAGCGUCGAGUGGAGUCAUGCGUCCGUGCUGGGACCGUCUGGGUAUCAGGCAGGUGUCUGAGUGCAGGGGUUUCCGGCAGGGUACGUUGCUGUUGGCAGGAUGGCUGCGGCUUGACGGCCCAACAGGUGUCCAGAUUAGCGUGUUGGCAUCAGCAGAGUGAACGGCAUGAAGCUU